GUCGCCGGACCACAGGAAGCCCCCCACAGGACCCUGAACAGAAAACAGCGUGGUGCUCGGCUGUGACCCCGACCCCCACCUCCAGCAUCGCCGAAGCCCCCCCACCACUACUUCCACUAACCAUGAAGGCAUGUAGCAUUGCAGUUGCAGUGACACUCGUGCUGGCCUUCCUGUGCGCCCCGGCCACCUCUGCGGUCCCUUUCAGCGGGGUGCAGCAGGUGGAGGAGGCAGGAGGCCACGCUCCGGCGGCAGCACUUCCAGACGUGCCAUCACAGAUGGCGUACGGCGUGCGACGGCGGCGCCAGAGCAACCUGUCGCUGUGUCGCUGGUGCUGCGACUGCUGCCAGGCCUACAAGGGGUGCGGCUUCUGCUGCAGGUUCUGACAAGAUGCUUUUUUGGCUUUCCACGCGUGACUCCGCCUCGCAGAUGUUUUUACUUCCGUUUGCUCGCACUGCAGACAAAAGUGGCUGAGAAACGCUACCGUAUUUAUUGGAUGGCUUUUCGUCCUUUCCAAGCUCUGCUACUUUUGGGGAGGAAUAAACGAUUGAAGCAUGA